AAUGUCUUCCUCCUGGAUAGGUGGUGGGGGUAACAUCCAGAUAUCGAGCAAUGGAGUACAGAAUAUAAAAUCAGAAGGGUACGUCACUAAAAAGUAUCUGGGGUACGGAUGUAUCGACAAAAACACUAUGUUCAACUUCGGGGUAGUUCAGGGGCCUCUACCCAACAUAGGAGACAAAGUAAGCUACGAAGCACAGAGAACAACCGCAGCGCAGUGCUGGAACGCUACUAAAGUUAAAGUAGUGCAGUUUCAACAGAGCGCGGUCAAGAAGCAGGAGCCCUCUAGUGCAGCAGGAGGUAACUACAUGUACCCGCCCCCAUACUCCCAGACUAAUAAGAGCGCAAACCCGCGCUUCUCCAGCUUCCCCUCACAACCAGCGGUGGGAUCACAACCCGCACAAGCACAGCAGAAAGCUCAGAAUCAGUCCCAGCAGGGCGGCUACAAUUCUCAACAGAUUAGGAGUGUUAGCAAGUUCCAGGAAACAGUUAAAGCACCCCGGUUUAGCACUGCAAACCCUCCUCCCAUGGCACAGAUAAUCGCAAAGCCCACUACUAGCUUCCCUCCUACUGGAGGUAAGAGAUCAAGAUUUGACACUGGGCCGGCGGGAGCUACCCAAAACCUAGAUCACAAGGGGCGCGUUAUACCCGUCUUCCAAAUCAAAUCUAAUCCAGAUAACCGAAAUGACCGUAAGGCCAGGCGAUCUCGCAGCCCGCCCCGGAAGAGGUCCUACUCAAGAUCUCGGACCCGGAGUAGGUCCCGGUCCCCGCGCAGGUCACGCUCUCCACGCCGUUCCCGGUCCCCCAGAAGAUCCCGCUCACCACGACGUAAACGAUCGCCCCGCAACAGAUAUACCGUCAAGUUCGCCAAGUUCAGCCUACUCAGACCCUCCAUGGACAUACUGUUCAUGCAGACCCACUACCCGUCCCUGUAUGUGCCCUCCGAUGUGGGCCACGUGUUCAGACACGCUGUUAUACGGAGUGGAGAAACUAUCCCUUAUACAAACAUUAUCCGGUAUAACGUCACCAGCUCAUCUCAGACUCCAGCAGCGACUGCUGGCAGUAAAGCCUACAGAUCAAAAGUACUGUUGAUGCGGAGCGUUAGUAAGACCAAGUUGUACCACACUAUUCUCAACGACAAAAAGGAGCACUUCCUAAAGCUAAUCAGCUUCUGGUGCAACUAUAGCGACAAGGAAAUAACUGCUUUUGGUGGAACAUGGAGUGCAGAGCUAGACGGACCGGAUCCUGAGAAUAAUCCUCAGACUCUUAUCAACACCGCUAUUCGCAAUGUUAAAGCUCAGCUAGGUCUGGAUUUGUCGUACUGUAAGACUUGGUACAAGAUUUGUGAGGUUCAUUACCACCGAGUUAACGACAAGAGGAACACAGAAGAGCAUGUGGAGAAAACAGUUAUGUACCUGCCCAGCAUCUGGGACUGCCAGCCCAGUCAGGAAGACUGGGAUAUAUUAAAAAGGCCGGUCUAUAAGACUCCUCCCCCCUCGGAGGAGAAACAGGAGACAGAAGAAGUAGAAGAUAGUAUAGAUGCAGAGUUCACUCCCGCUGGUCAGAUCGAAAUAGAUUUCGAGGGAGACGACCCUGAGGUGGCAAGCUCUGAAGGAGCGGAGGAAGUUGCCGUUAUUACAGAUGUUACAACAGUAGUUACCACAGAGAAACCUGCUUCUGUUGAGAAACCCCCCUCGAGGGAGGGACAGGGUACUGAGGGGCUUACUGAGGCAGACAUUAAGGCUAUGAAGGUAACGGAGCUGCGUAGUGAGUUAGACAGACGUGGACUAAGUACUAAAGGACUGAAGAUACAGCUGAUAGCCCGACUGCAGAAAGCAAUAAAGGACGAGACAGAGGGUUUAACAGGAUUGUGUUCAGACCCACAACCAGGAGCCGACACUACCACAGCAGCUCAGCACUGGAAACUGCAGCCGGAGGUACAGAAGAAGAUGAAUAUCUUGAUAUCCAGACUGGGUAUUGUGGAGAAGGAUAUUCCUGAACUACCUGAUCUGGCUUCUGUUGUGCUGCACCCUGCUAAAGGUGUAGAAGUCCAGGACUACACACUCUCCUCCCUACUUGACUAUAACAAGUCUGACAAGAAAGAGCGCGUAUUUGAAGUGUCCCUCUUUGCAGAGGUGCUCACGGAGAUGUUCCAGCGACACUUUGCUCUUCUCAUCCUCAGAGCGCUCAUUGAGGCUGACGGCGAGUCCGAGGAGCAGGAGGAGGAGAAGCCAGUAAAACGACAGAGAAACGACACGGAGAGCUCUGACGGGGGAAGGAAGGACUCCGAGUCCGAUAAAACGGAGAGUAGUGCUGAAACUAGACCGGAGAAGUACGUUCACAGGCCUGACCUUUUGCUGGCUUUCCUCUUCUUCGACAGAUAUAGGGCCGGCUAUCUCACGGAGGAUGAUGUGCUGGCUAUAAUACACUCUAUUGGGCUCAACAUCAGUCGCUCUCAAAUAAAGGUAAUACUUGACAAAGUACUGAUGGGAAAGUCCAAGUUAAACUACAGAGGGUUGUGUGAGAAAGUGUCGACUGGCGGACCUAACGUUAUUCAACAGGAAACUGUAAAGUUGAAAGAGAUCGAGGAAGUAUUAUUACUUGGUUCCCAAGCUAGCAACAAUGUUGUUAAGGUAGAUGUAACAGAUGCCCCCCACACUGAACGUGCCGCAUCCGUGGAGCCCGUCCUCGCUAAACCUAGAGAUCAAAACGACGUCGUAGUGGUCGGAGGUAGCUACGUUGUGAGGUCAGAACUACCUGAGCUCCUCUCAAAAGCCAUGAAGAAAGUGACGGGGCUGGAGGGCAAAGUUAGAGACUUGGAGAGACACAAUGAGAAACUUGAGAAACGUAUAGAGGAAUCUAAGAACGUGAAGCACAACUAUGUGGACCUGGAGGAGGAAGUCAAGGUCCGUAAGAACGAACUAGACAUUCUGUCCGAGGAGAAGACUCGGUCAGAGCUGUCCGCCCGGAAGUUCCGCGCUCUGCUGGACACGACCAAGUCUGCUCUGAACGGGCUGGUGAGUCAGAUAACGGGGGGAUUGGAGGAGAAGGCUGAGGAGAAGAGCAAGGGCGGAGUUGUAGUUGGGAGUAAAGGGGGGUGACACGAUACUCCGAGUGUAGGGUGAACUUUGUUAUAUUCACUAGAUGUGUAUAAGUUGAUUACUUUUAAAAUAGUUUAUAUUGCGAGCUGCGAGGGCGGUUGUUUGAUAUCUAGUUCUGUUGUUUGGCUAGGUGUUGCUGGAAUCAGAUAGGCUAUUUAUUUGAUGUGUAGUAAUGGAAACGUGUCUUGUUAUGUAGGUUUGUGUCUGUGUGGAAUUGGAGGAAAUGAAGUAGAAACCGAGAGGAAUUGGUUUCGUUGUAAAAUAGGAAUACUGUAUUUUGCGAAGCGGGUUCUCUUAAGAGCAAAGAAAGUUAAUUAAUGGCUAGUUUUUAAUGAUAACUUUAUAUUCGAUUCUAGAUUUCAAAUGUUAUUAUGUUAUAGGAUUGAAAGAUAUAUAGGACCCGGUACAUAAAAUAUGGCAGUUAAUUUUUAGUUCUAAUAAAAUAAUAAUAAAGCAAUU